AUGGCUUCUGGUCCAGCUACCCAGUCGCUGAAAGUUGGUUUUUCCUUGCGAUAUCGCCAGCUGUGUCGAGGCGUUGCUAACUGUUUUAUUCUGCACAACAACAACAUCUACAACAACGCCUACAUCUACAACAACGCCUACAUCUACAAUAUCUACAUCUUCUGGUCCUCUGCUAACGGCCUCCAGACAUGUCUGCUCAUCUCCUACACGACCAAUGCGUUCCCUGGAGAAUACAUCCCCACCGUGUUCGACAACUACUCGGCCAGCGUCAUGGUAGACGGGAAGCCCAUCAGUCUCGGGCUCUGGGACACUGCUGGUCAAGAGGACUACGACAGACUACGUCCGCUCUCCUACCCGCAGACCGACGUGUUCCUGAUAUGUUUCUCCAUCGUCAGCCCCCCCUCGUUUGACAACGUCAAGGCAAAGUGGUAUCCCGAGAUCGAACAUCACGCGCCAAACGUACCGAUCAUCCUGGUUGGCACCAAGCUCGACCUCAGAGAGGACAAGGCCACCGCAGACGCUCUCCGGUCCAAGAAGAUGGAGCCAGUCUCCUACGAGCAGGCCCUCGCAGUCGCAAAGGAGAUCAAGGCCCAGAAGUACCUCGAGUGCUCUGCUCUCACCCAGCGCAACCUCAAGAGCGUCUUUGAUGAGGCCAUCCGAUCUCCUUUCCUCGACCAUCUCCCUCCCGCAAAUUCACCGCUACCAUCCCCCAGCCACAGCCGCAGGCCCGACGACUACACCACUACAUCACUCCGAGCCAUCCCUCCAGAUGCGAAACCUGCAAUAACCUUCCACAUCCUGUUCUUUCUACCUGUUUGUUUCCGCCUUUACCGAUUUUUAAUGACGAGCGUUUCUCAUUUUUCCACCACCUUCCUGCAUUUGGGACGGAGCAACUGCUCGUACUGCAAGGUUAUCUCUUCAUCCAUCUUCUCUUCUUCUUCUCUUUCUUCACACUUUGACGAAGUAAAUACAACCAUUUCCAGAUAUCACGAAACCAAAGUCCCCCUCUCUGUCCUUCCCUUCGUUUGUUUACUUAUGAUGACACCCCCCCUUUUCCCUUUCAAACUCGCCUGUGGAGAAUAUCUGUUACACCCUGACUCCAUACAUCUGCGCCCCGAGCUCUGCAUCCCUGUUCAAACUUCCCUCCCGGCUUUUUAG